AUGUCUCUGUCCAACAAGCUCGCCAUCACCGACGUUGACCUCAAGGACAAGCGCGUCUUGAUCCGAGUCGACUUCAAUGUCCCGCUUGACGCCAACAAGAAGGUCACCAACAACCAGAGAAUAGUUGGUGCUCUCCCUACCAUCAAAUACGCCAUCGAACAUGGAGCCAAAGCUGUCAUCCUCAUGUCUCACCUCGGACGCCCGGAUGGGAAGAAGAACCCCAAAUACAGUUUGAAGCCUGUCGUCCCCGAGCUCGAGAAGCUCCUUGGCAAGAGUGUCAUUUUUACCGACGACUGCGUUGGGCCCGAGGUCGAGGAGGUCGUCAAUAAAGCUUCCGGUGGCCAAGUGAUCCUGCUUGAAAACCUGCGCUUCCACAUCGAGGAAGAAGGAAGCUCCAAAGACAAGGACGGCAACAAAGUCAAAGCUGACAAAAACGAUGUCGCCAACUUCCGGAAGGGCCUGACUGCGCUGGGUGAUGUAUACAUCAACGACGCCUUCGGAACCGCUCAUCGAGCUCACAGCUCCAUGGUCGGCGUCGAGCUGCCUGAGAAGGCAUCUGGUUUUCUGAUGAAGAAAGAGCUCGAUUACUUCGCCCAAGCGCUCGAGAACCCCAAACGACCAUUCCUCGCCAUUCUCGGUGGCGCAAAGGUUUCGGACAAGAUCCAAUUGAUCGACAACCUGCUUGGCAAGGUCAACAUCCUGAUCAUCUGCGGCGGGAUGGCCUUCACGUUCAAAAAGACCCUGGAAGGCGUCAGGAUUGGCAACAGCCUGUUCGAUCAAGCCGGAAGCACAAAAUGUGCCGAACUGAUGGAAAAGGCCAAGCAGAACGACGUCAAGAUCGUCCUUCCCUGCGACUACAUCACUGCAGACAAAUUCGACAAGGACGCUAACACCAGCACCGCGACGGAUGCUGAGGGUAUUCCUGAUGGAUGGAUGGGUCUUGACUGCGGCGAAAAGAGCAUCGAACUGUAUAAGCAAGCUAUCGACAAGGCGCAGACGAUUCUGUGGAACGGUCCUCCUGGGGUCUUCGAAUUCGAUAAGUUCGCCGACGGCACCAAACAGACCUUGGAUGCCUGCGUGAAAGCAGCUCAAGCCGGGAAGAUUGUCAUCAUUGGUGGAGGAGACACAGCAACUGUUGCGGCGAAGUAUGGAGUGGAGGACAAAUUGAGCCAUGUGUCAACCGGAGGUGGUGCAAGCUUGGAGCUGCUCGAGGGCAAAGCUCUGCCCGGUGUGGUUGCCUUGUCUAGUAAGUAG